CGCUGCUCUCCCCGCCUCACCCUGUGCCAUCAUGGAUCUGGUGGAAAUGAGCGACGUGGGCUGUGAACAUCAGAACUGUGGUCUGGCGUCCGACUUCCAAGAAGAACACUGCUUCGACCAGGACUGUCAGUUUGGACUCACCGAGCUGGUGUGUGUGACGGUGAUUUACAUUCCACUGAUGCUGUUUGGCCUUUUGGGAAACAUUCUGACUAUUCUGGUGGUUUGGCUCCGCCCACACAUGAGAAGCUCCACCUACCUGUACCUGAGCAGCAUGGCUGUGAGUGACCUGUUGAUCCUCCUGCUGCUGCCCCUGGACCUGUACAAGCUCUGGAGGCCCCGGCCCUGGUUGUUAGGAGACCUGACCUGUAAGCUGACCAUGUUCCUCUCAGAGUGCUGCACCUUCUGCACCAUCCUCCACAUCACGUUCCUCUCCCUGGAGAGAUAUGUGGCCGUCUGCUGGCCAAUCACAGCCAAGACCACGGUGACACGGCGCAGAACCAGAGCUCUGAUUGGCUGCCUGUGGCUGGGGGCGGCCAUCAGUGCAGCACCUGUGUUGGUCAUGGUCGGAGUGGAGGAGGUGAAAGGAGAAGACCUCAGACUUCCAUCAGAGAUGAAGUGGAGAGAGAAUGGAAUAAAAGAAUUAGUCAAGGAGGGGAGGGGGGACGAGGGGGGGGAGGAGGAGGGGGAGCUGGGAACGUUAGGGACAGACGGCGGAGAACCAGGAGAGAAGACACAGGACUAUGGGUCAGACCAGGGUGAGGGUGGAGGGGGACGAGGAGGAGACAGGCUCCAGCAAAAUAAAAUGAAAGAAGACGAGGGAGGAGGAAAAAUGAGGGGCGUGGAUACAGACAUGGACCGGAGAGAGUGCCGCUGCACAGACUACGCCGUCUCCUCUGGCCUGUUGGCGGCCAUGAUGAUUCUGUCCAACCUGUACUUCCUGGUACCGGUGUUCAUCUUGGGGCUGGUCUACAGCCUCAUUGGACGGACUCUGUGGAUCCGCCAACGGAGGAGCCGGAAGGACCAGACUCAUCGACAUACUAUCAAGAUGUUGGGAGUCAUCGUCUUGGCCUUUGUCCUCUGCUGGCUGCCCUUCCACGUUGGUCGGACCAUAUUCUCUCUGUCUCUGGGCACCAACACCGACAGACAGGAAACGUACGUGGAUUCUAACCGACACCAGUACGUAGACGUCCAGUCUGACGGUCCUGCAGACUCAGACGCGCACGCACAGUCUGCAGUCAAACUUGAAUACCCUCCUGUAGAGGGCGCUGGUGUGACGUGUGGCACCGACACACGGGGACAAAUAAACAAAUAUGAAUCGUCACAGAACGCUGAACCCAGACAGGAAGGUUCUGGACUCGCUGAGACGCCGUGGGACAGAAACACUACAAAAUACAACAGCGACCUCUACAGCCAAACUCACAGCGAUACACAACUGUAUUUUUUGUACUACCUGUCCCAGUACUUCAACCUGGUGUCCUCCGUCCUCUACUACCUCAGCGCCGCCGUCAACCCGCUGCUGUACAACAUGAUGUCCACCAGGUACAGACACGCCGUGCACAGCCUCGUGCACGCUAACUGUAACACGCAGCCUCGCCGCGCACACACAACGGUCACCGCGCAAAACUCAACCACACCUGUGUAG